UAUAUAAGAAAAAGAAUCUGGCAGUAUUCAUAUUGUAAACUAAUCUAAACUUACUUUUAAUAUUAAGUUAGUGUCAAAAAUGUGUUUUUAUCAAAUUUUAUUUUAAAUGAGCGUUACUAAUUUUAAUAUUAAAAAGAAGAGAAAAGAUUUCUAGACACAAGAAAAAGAAUCAAUGAUUAAUAAUAAAAAUUGCCUUUAAAAAUGUAAUUACCUCGUCUUUGGUAUUAUAAUUUUACAAAUGAUAUCUUUUAACACUAACAUAAUCUAUCGCUCUCUAAAUUAAUAAAUUAGAUAAAGAAAUAUAUAAUUGCAACGGCCUUCUGACGCACAGCUGCUAAGUGCCCAUUUCCUAUUUCAUUUCAGAUGCAAAGUAUCUUCUACCUAUGUGCACGUUAGAAGCGUGUCACGCGUUUCAGUCGAAGAAGUACUCUAGCAGAAUGCUUCUCCAUUGACAAUGUAUCGACUACAAGGUAUGAAACGGCAGAACGGAUUUUACUCGAUAUUCAUAGUAUACUGAUAAGAGAGAUAAGAUGAAGCAUACUGUAUUUAUUCCACUCACAGAAUUAUCAGUUACAUGCCGAUUCUAAAGGAAUACUCAUCAUGGUCCGCGAUCGUAUGGCUGAUUUGCGUGCCAGCCGAAGCAACAGCAGUACUUUUGGCAGAGGAUUCUUGCAAGACGUACACCUUCAAAUAGCUCAAAAUAAAAAACUUAAAGAGUUACUUGAUGAAGCCGAAGAAAUACGCGGUCUGAUCCAUCUUACAGUUGAAAACGUUUCUAUCGUGAAAAACUUGCAUAACAAUGUUCUAUCGCACACGAAUAAGGACUUGCAAAAAGAAUUAGAGAUUCGUACGUGUACGAUUUCGCAGACGGCUUUUCACGUGCAGCGAAAGUUACGAGAUAUGGAAAAAGGUGUCAUUGCCAUUGACGAUUUGACUGUAGCACAAGAUGAACCUGUAUACGGUGUAUACACGAGAAUUAGAACAUUGCAAUAUACAACUAUGCUGCAAAUGUUUUCUGAUAUUAUGAACGAUUACAAUGCCUCGUUACUGAAAUACCAUGAUAAGUGCCUCUUACUUUUGCAGCAGCAACGUUCACUACUAAGGCGACAAGUUACUAGCGCGGAAUUGGAUCAUAUGCUCGAUGCUCAAGAAACUAGCUUAUUUGUCGAUAAUAUUUUAGAAGAUAGUAAGAUAGCUAGGCAACAAUUAUCAGAUAUAACAAGUAGACAUAAUGAUGUUCUAAAAUUGGAAAAAUCUCUCACAGAAAUCAGAGAUAUGUUUACGGAAAUAGCAUUUUUAGUCGAAAAACAGGGAGAACAAAUUAAUAAUAUAGAAUAUUUUGCUAAUAAAACCACGGAUAACAUCGACGGCGGACGUGUUCAACUCAAAAAGUCAGAACAGAGCAGUCACAGAUAUAGAAAGCGGAAAAUUAAGAUUGCCAUUGUCAUAAGUAUAAUAGUGUUAAUAUGUCUUUUAUUUAUUAUCGCGUCAUUUUAGAAACUAUUUUAGAAAUAUAAUCU